AUGAACCCUUUGCUGCGGCAGCCUCCUAACCGGCUGAUGGCCGGAGGCGCCAUUCUCUUCUUCACCUUGUUCAUGUUCUUCGUCUCCAAGUCGCACAACCUGUCCAUGCCGGGCCUGUCUCGCACCGCCGCCGCCCCGUCCAUGUACAACCAGUCCAAGGUCGCGCUGCUCGUCGAGGACCGGCCGCAGCCGCUCCUGGCCCCCCUCCUGCUGCACUUCAUCUACUCCCUGCCGGCCGACUGGACGUUCCGCUUCAUGGGGUCCUACAAGUCGGUUCGGCACCUCGCCAAGUCGGCCGCCAUCCGCGAACACGUCCGCGCCGGCAAGCUCGACCUGACCUACACGCCCUUCAACAUGAGCACCAAGGGCCAGGAGAUGAUCAGCCGGUUCCUCACGACGCUCUGGCUGUACGACACGGUGCUCCAGCCCGCCGAGCUGCUGCUCGUCUUCCAGUCCGACUCGAUGGUCUGCUCCAACUGCAAGCACCACCUGGACGAGUACCUGGACUACGACUGGGUCGGCGCCCCGUGGAACGCCCAGGGCAACUGGGGCGGCAACGGCGGCCUCUCGCUCCGCCGCGUCAGCCGCAUCGUCGACGUGCUGCAGAAGCAGAAGCGCAAGGAGGACUCGGAUCCCGAGGACGUCUGGCUCUCGGAGCGCCUGGGCCACCACGCCACCGGCAAGGUGGCCAACGGCUCCGUCUCCCUCACCUUCUCGGGCGAGAUCAACGGCGGCGAGGUGGAGAGGAUCGAUCCGGACAGCGACUACACCAUCCACGGCGGCGAGCUGUCCCUCGAGGGCGCCGGCCCGGCCGACUUUGUCGCCGGCAUCGACGACUGGCGCAACGGCUUCUACGAACCCAUGGGCUACCACAUUGGCGGCACCGGCUACAUGCACGGCGGCAUCUGGGGGACGCGCGACAAGCGCAAGCACAUUUACCAGUACUGUCCCGAGGCCAAGAUGAUUUUGCAGAUGGACAUGGCCAACUAUGUGCCGGGAGACUGCGGCAACGACUGGUGA